GCGGCGGCGGCGGCGGCGGCGGCGGCGGCGGCGCGGGGUUGCUGGAGGCGGAGGCGGAGAGGCGCGGAGGAGCGCGGGGCCGCCGCCACGGGCGCUAGGAGAAAACACUGAAAACACGCUGGCUGUGCAUGUUUUAGGAGGAGAGAUCAGUGAAGGAGCAGAGAAGAGGACACUGGCUUUGGUUUUCUGGAGACCUGGAAGACAACUUCUGUAGUGUUGCUCUGCUCCAUCCCAACUGUUAGAAUCAGUUGAUGAUAUUGGAAAGCCUCCAAUCAAGCCACAGAUUUGUGAGACUCCAGGGCCUUCAAGCUGUGAUUAAUCAGAUGGUUCCUGAAAUGACUGGGAAGACAGACACUUUGGUGCCCAUCGAAGAGCGUAUGUCUGUGUAUAUCUAAGACCUUCUUUGUACACAUACACAUUUACACCAGAAGACAGGCUCAUUCUUGUGCACACUUGAAGAGUUUUACAACUGAUGAAAAUUAAUUUAAGAAUCAGAUGGAGCAACUUGACACUACUGGGCUCAGGAGCCCGGGGAGAAAAAUAUGUUACUAAUGGUCAGUUUUCCACAUGGUCUUCACGGGUAAAGAAAGUUUGCAAAAAGAAGAAAAAAAAACUUGCACAGUUCAAGCCUCAAAAAUACCUCUGCAUUUUAAAGAAGGAACUAAGUGAGAAGGUGGCCAGGGGAGAAGCGUGGUGUCAAGCAGCGCGGGCGUCAUCAUGCAGUGGGUUUUGCACUUUAUGUUCCAGUGUUUUUGGUGAUUUGGACAGACUUCAAAACUCUGGACUGAGAAGUAACUCUGGCUGUGUAUGACUACGGGAAAGCAAGGUCAGGUAUGAUGGGACAAGUUUGAACGAUGAACUGGUUCCUUUGCCUUUUUCAGUUAACUGUAUUCUUGAAGUUUUAAUUUAUUAUUUCCCUUUUCCUUUCCCAUAUCUGUAGGAUAAUAUUUUAAAGUAGCAACUGAAACCAAUAUUUACAAAAUAAGUAUCAAGGAACAUCCAAGCAAAGCUUCUUUUCCUUGGACUUUCCACGUGGCAUUUGGAAGCACCUCUGAAUGUGAGCAGGAGAGUGCCCAUCAGCACAACAUGCUGACUCUUUAGGGAAACGGUGUGGAAGAUCCCGACACUUGUCUGUGUUUGCAUUUUAAGGGCUUCUCUUCCCUGUUGAGUCCAUAUAGGAGGAAGAGUACUUGAUAGACUUAAUUCUGAGAUUAGUCUUUUCCUUCAAGAUGGAAAAAUAGGUGAUCUUUAGGAGCAGAAAGGGGAGAAGCCAGUAGGGGAGGGAGGAAGGAGACGGGUCAGAAGAGAAUCCUGUAGUGAGGCUCGGUUUUGUCGAUGAGAGGAUUUAGGAUUCACCCAAGGUGAACACUUGUGCCACUUCAAGAGCUUUAGAACCUUCUGGCUCUGUGAGUGAAGGGGUUUUCUCUCUCCGCCUCUAUGGCACCGAGGAAUGCACUGGUCUGUGGAGGGCCAGUCAGAUGGAGCCCAGCUCUCCGCCAGGACACAGCAACCUGCCUGCUGGGAAGCCAGGCCGGGCCCUGAGGUAGAAAGUUUCUGGUUCGGAACAGUGGGGAGAGUCUGUUUUCCUUGCUGAGCUUGGACUGCUCUCUGCACAAACUCUGGUCUGUUUUGCACGGUUUGUGUGCCUUUUUUUCCCUUUAUGCAAUCUUUUUCAGCUUCAGCAGCAGAAAUUUGUCUAGUUGAGAAAACAUGCCAGAGGGUGGCUUCAGAAUGAUGAUUCAGAAGAUGAUCCCAUGUGUUCUGUCUCUGCAUCUGAACUUUUGAAGAGAAAAUUCCAGCUCGAGGGAUUCUUUAAAGCCUUAAGUUACUUGAAAUCUAUGUAUUUGCAACCCUUUGUCUCUGGAAUCAUAUUACACUAAACUGGAAUCUCAGGCUGAAUGAGAAUAACCAAGUUGAGUAAAAAGAAGAAAACCCCGUUUCUUGAUCAGCACGUGUUAAUGACGCUCUUCCUCUAAGGACUUGAAAAUAAAAAUGGACGCAUGUUGUUUUUAAGCAUUACCUUUUCCUAGCAGACUGCCAUCAUCUUUUCUAGAGGAAUUUUUUCACUAUGCAUUUGGUGGAUCUUUAUAAAAUACUGACCUUGUAAUUAGAUCUAGGUCAGUCUUCAUUAAAAGGGGUCGGGGACAACAACGCAAGCCAACCACAGAAAUUACAUCAAUCAGUUGAUUCAUGAAAAGAACUGGUUUCAGUUUUUCAGCAUUCAGCAUUACUUUUUAAAUAAAACAGUUCACUGAAAAAAAGUAUGUAUGCAGCGGUGGAACAUGGGCCUGUCCUUUGCAGUGACUCCAACAUCCUCUGCCUGUCCUGGAAGGGGCGUGUUCCCAAGAGUGAGAAGGAGAAGCCGGUGUGCCGGAGGCGCUACUAUGAGGAGGGCUGGCUGGCCACAGGCAAUGGCCGGGGCGUUGUCGGGGUGACAUUCACCUCCAGCCACUGCCGCCGGGACAGAAACACACCACAGAGAAUAAACUUCAACCUGCGGGGCCACAAUAGUGAGGUUGUGCUGGUGAGGUGGAAUGAGCCAUACCAGAAGCUGGCCACGUGUGACGCAGAUGGAGGGAUAUUUGUGUGGAUUCAGUACGAAGGGAGGUGGUCUGUGGAAUUGGUCAACGACCGAGGGGCUCAGGUGAGUGAUUUCACGUGGAGCCAUGAUGGGACUCAAGCACUUAUUUCAUAUCGAGAUGGGUUUGUCCUGGUUGGUUCUGUCAGCGGACAAAGACACUGGUCAUCUGAGAUCAACUUGGAAAGUCAGAUCACAUGUGGCAUAUGGACUCCUGAUGACCAACAGGUGCUGUUUGGCACAGCUGACGGGCAGGUGAUUGUCAUGGACUGCCACGGCAGGAUGCUCGCCCACGUCCUCCUACACGAGUCUGAUGGCAUCCUCAGCAUGUCCUGGAACUAUCCUGCCUUCCUGGUGGAGGACAGCAGUGAGAGCGACACCGACUCGGACGACUACUCUCCGCCCCAAGACGGUCCAGCAGCGUAUCCCAUCCCGGUGCAGAACAUCAAGCCACUACUCACCGUCAGCUUCACCUCGGGGGAUAUCAGCUUAAUGAACAACUACGAUGACUUGUCUCCUACUGUCAUCCGCUCAGGGCUGAAAGAGGUGGUGGCCCAGUGGUGCACCCAGGGAGACCUCCUGGCUGUCGCUGGUAUGGAACGGCAGACCCAGCUUGGUGACCUCCCCAACGGCCCUCUUCUGAAGAGUGCCAUGGUCAAGUUCUACAAUGUCCGUGGGGAGCACAUCUUUACUCUGGACACGCUUGUGCAGCGCCCCAUCGUCUCCAUCUGCUGGGGACACCGGGACUCACGGCUUCUGAUGGCUUCAGGACCGGCCCUGUACGUGGUGCGUGUGGAGCACCGUGUGUGCAGCCUGCAGCUGCUGUGCCGGCAGGCCGUCGCCAGUGCCCUGCGGGAGGACAAGGACGUCAGCAAGCUGGCCCUGCCCCCCCGCCUCUGCUCCUACCUCUCCACCGCCUUCAUCCCCACCAUCAAGCCCCCAAUUCCAGAUCCCAACAACAUGCGAGACUUUGUCAGCUACCCCUCAGCCGGCAACGAGCGUCUGCACUGCACCAUGAAGCGCACAGAGGACGACCCGGAGGUGGGAGGUCCGUGCUACACCCUCUACCUGGAGUACCUGGGCGGGCUCGUGCCCAUCCUCAAGGGGCGGCGCAUCAGCAAACUGCGGCCAGAGUUCGUCAUCAUGGACCCUCGGACGGAUAGCAAAUCAGAUGAAAUCUACGGAAACAGCUUGAUCUCCUCCAUGCUGGACAGCUGCAACUGCUCGGACUCCAGUGACGUGGAACUGAGUGACGACUGGGCUGCCAAGAAAUCCCCCAAAAUCUCCCGCGCUAGCAAGUCACCCAAACUCCCAAGGAUCAACAUUGAGGCCCGGAAGUCUCCCAAGCUGUCCCGGGCCGCUCAGGAGAUGUCCAGGUCUCCCCGGUUGCCGAUGCGCAAGCCCUCCAUUGGCUCGCCCAGUCUGACACGAAGAGAGUUUCCCUUUGAAGACAUCACUCAGCACAACUAUCUUGCUCAGGUCACGUCUAAUAUCUGGGGAACCAAGUUUAAGAUUGUGGGCUUGGCUGCUUUCCUGCCAACCAACCUCGGUGCAGUAAUCUAUAAAACCAGCCUCCUGCAUCUCCAGCCGCGGCAGAUGACCAUCUAUCUCCCAGAGGUUCGGAAGAUUUCCAUGGACUAUGUUAAUUUACCUGUCUUCAACCCAAAUGUUUUCAGUGAAGACGAGGAUGAUUUACCAGUGACGGGAGCUUCUGGUGUGCCCGAGAACAGCCCGCCGUGCACGGUGAACAUCCCUAUUGCACCCAUCCACAGCUCGGCCCAGGCUAUGUCCCCCACUCAGAGCAUAGGCUUGGUGCAGUCCCUGCUGGCCAACCAGAACGUGCAGCUGGAUGUCCUGACCAGUCAGACCACGGCAGUGGGGACAUCGGAGCACGGAAGUGACAGUGCCUCCCAGUACCCGGUCUCCAGCCGUUACUCCAGCCCUGGACAAGUGAUCUUCGGAGGUGUGGAGAUGGGCCGCGUCAUCCCGAACCCUGCUCAGCUGUCCCUGCCUCCGUCCGCGCAGGGGGCGGUCCAGCUGUCGGUGGUGGACCACGGAGACCGGGACCAUGACCACCUGCAGAAGUCGGCCAAGGCCCUGCGGCCAGUGCCGCAGCUGGCUGCCGAAGGGGACGCAGUGGUGUUCAGUGCCCCACAGGAGGUCCAGGUGGCGAAGAUGAACCCCCCACCCCCCUACCCGGGAACCAUCCCUGCUGCCCCCACCACGGCAGCGCCGCCGCCCCCGCUGCCGCCCCCGCAGCCCCCGGUGGACACGUGCCUGAAGAAGGGCGAUUUCCCGCUGUACCCCACAGCGGCACAUUACCAGACGCCCCUGGGCUAUGAGAGGAUCACCACCUUUGACAGCAGUGGCAACGUGGAGGAGGUAUGCCGGCCUCGGACGCGGAUGCUCUGCUCCCAGAACACCUACACCCUCCCCGGUCCGGGCAGUUCGGCCACGCUGAGGCUCACCGCCACCGAGAAGAAGGUCCCCCAGCCCUGCACCAGUGCGACCCUGAACCGCCUGACGGUCCCACGCUACUCCAUCCCGACGGGAGACCCACCCCCGUACCCCGAAAUCGCCGGCCCGCUCGUGCCCGGACGCGGCGCAGCCCAGAGGCCCGACAGUCUCAUCCACGCCACGCUGCGCAGGAACAACCGCGAGGUGGCGCUCAAGGCGGCGCAGCUGGCCGAGCCCCCGCGGGCCCCGCCGCAGCACCCGCCCAAGCCCAAGGGCGCGGCGCAGUUCCCGGCGCGGCCCCCGCCAGCCCUGUACACCUGCAGCCAGUGCAGCGGCGGGGGGGCGGGGGGGCGGCCCGAGCCGGGCGCCGGGGGUGUGGGCGGCGCGCAGCCAGGCUCGGGCCUGGCGCACGCCUCCAGCACCUCCCCGCUGACCUCCCAGUCGUCCUACAGCCUCCUGAGCCCGCCCGACGGCGCCCGCGAGCGCGCCGACUACGUGAACUCGGCCUUCACCGAGGAUGAGGCGCUGGCCCAGCACUGUCAGGUGGAGAAGCCCCUGAGGCACCCCGCGCUGCCCGAAGCUGCUGUGGCCAUCAAACGGCCACCCCCUUACCAGUGGGACCCCGUGCUGGGGGAGGACAUUUGGGUUCCUCAGGAAAGGACAGCACAGACUGCAGUGCCCAACCCCCUGAAACUGCCCCCUCUUAUAGUAGGUCAGAGCCAGCACCUGGACGUGUCCCGAGUGCCCUUCGUCUCCCCGAAGUCUCCGGCCAGUCCUACUGCCACUUUCCAAACAGGCUAUGGGAUGGGAAUGCCAUAUCCAGGAAGCUAUAACACACCCCCUUUGCCAGGAGUGCAGACUCCCUGCUCCCCAAAAGAUGCCCUGUCCCCCACACCAUUUGCACCACAGGAGUCCGCAGUGGUUCUGCAGCCUGCCUACCCACCCAGCCUCUCGUACUGCACCCUGCCCCCCAUGUAUCCGGGAAGCAGCACCUGCUCGAGUUUACAGCUGCCACCUAUCGCCUUGCACCCCUGGAGUUCCUAUAGCCCUUGCCCGCCCGUGCAAAGCCCCCAGGGCACUCUCCCCCCCAAGGCACACCUGGUGGUAGAGAAGCCCCUCGUGUCUCCACCGCCGACCGACCUCCAAAGCCACUUGGGUACUGAGGUGAUGGUAGAGACCACAGACAACUUCCAAGAAGUCCUCUCCCUGACGGAGAGCCCAGUCCCCCAGCGGACAGAGAAGUUCGGCAAGAAGAACCGGAAACGCCUGGACAGCCGAGCAGAGGAGGGAAAUGUUCAGGCCAUCACGGAGGGCAGAGUGAAGAAGGAGGCACGGACUUUGAGUGACUUUAAUUCCCUGAUCUCCAGCCCCCGCCUGGGGAGAGAGAAGAAGAAAGUGAAGAGUCAGAAAGACCCACUGAAGUCAAAGAAAUUGAACAAGACGAAUGAGUUCCAGGACAGCUCGGAGAGCGAGCCCGAGCUGUUCAUCAGCGGGGACGAGCUGAUGAACCAGAGCCAGGGCAGCAAGAAGGGCUGGAAGAGCAAGCGGAGCCUGAGGACGGCCAGCGAGCUGGAAGAGUUCAAGUGCCGGAAAGCCAGCGAGAAGGAGGAUGGGCGGCUGGGCAGCCAGGGCUUUGUGUACGUCAUGGCCAACAAGCAGCCUCUGUGGAACGAAGCCACCCAGGUGUACCAGCUAGACUUCGGGGGGCGGGUGACCCAGGAGUCGGCCAAAAACUUCCAGAUUGAGCUGGAGGGGCGGCAGGUGAUGCAGUUUGGAAGGAUCGAUGGCAACGCGUACAUUCUGGACUUCCAGUACCCCUUCUCAGCCGUGCAGGCCUUCGCCGUUGCCCUGGCCAACGUGACUCAGCGCCUGAAGUGAGAAGACUGGUAUGGGGCAGAGAGAGAGAGGCAAAGGAGCCUUUUCAGAGAGGUCUCCUCAGCGCUGCUCGAGGAGUCGCCCGGGGACCGGAAGACAAGAGCAAAACUGGAAGACUCUGUCAGGCCCAGGAGAGGGGACUGACCCUUAAUUGUUGUCGUUUGUUUGGGCUUUUAUAAUCCUUUUAUUGUUUCUCUUUCUUCUUUCUUUUUAAACAAAAAGAGAUUGCAGAAGAGUGGUAUUUGGAAGCAAAGGGUGCAAGGCACCCGGUGUUCCUUUAGGAAACACAAUUGCCGUGGUAAUGUCCUACUGUGUUUGCUUCUGUCAGCUGCCAAGACAAGGGGCCCUCAGAAGGAAGGUAGGCUGCCUUCCCACCUGCUGUUCUUUUUAGACUAGGGAGUGUGCAUUAGCUCCAUUCUCCACACAUCUAGCUUUAUUACUCCUUAUCAUAACCACUAGUGUGAAAACUAAAAACUCUUUAAAAAGACAACCAAAAGUCCUGAAGGUACAGGUUCUUGUAGGGGGACGUUGAAUUCACACACGUCCUGUUACUCCCUCAGAGUGACGGAUUAAUGGAGGGUGUCCCGGCAGGUGCACGGGGUUUGACUCAUGGGAGCGGGCUGUGUACAGUUUGGGCUGUGCUGACACGGGAGGAAGGCGCGCCUGCACACGGACGCGUGGGGGGUGUACGCGGUGGCACUUGAAUAGUACAGGGGCUCUGCUCCUUUCUGAAGAACGUCUGCAUUGAAGACCCCACCAGUUUUAGAACGUGUCAGAAUUCCAUCGGUUCGGUGAGGCUUGCCUUCGGGAGAAGGGGAGAGACGAAAUGGAGCGGUCCUGGUGCGUGGUGGGUAGCGACCUGGCCUGCUGAAAAGCAACCUUUGCCCCUUCCCCCUUCUGUGGCAGAAGACAUUCUCCUUCCCAAUAGAUAAGUGUACCACACUUUUCUCUCUCUAAAAAUGCUGAGGACACUGAUCUGGAAGCACGCCUUUCUUCUUCUCAGCCGCAUUAAAAUUUAGUUGACUAGAGAUGUUUCCUAAUAGUUUAGAAAUGUAACAAAAUUGUAAGCAUUUGCCAGGGUAUUAAAAGAUAGAGAUAUAGUCAUCUCUUUGAAAAAAGUCCCACAGUUGUAUCUAGGAGGGAAAAAAACGUUCCUUAUUAACUGUACAGACUGUUGGAUAAACCACUGGGAACACAUUAGUAAAAUUAUAGUACUUAAGAUAGCUGGUUAAUUACCAAAAAGAAGAAAAUCCAGAAAUCCCCUGAGAUUAUCUUUCCCCUCCACCUCCUCCUUAGGGGACACUUUGGGCAGGGUCAGCCCUGAUAGCAAAACCCAGGUCACUGUUGUCAGUUACUCAAACCUGUGAUUUUUUUUGGGCGGGAGCACAGGAACUGUGUACUGGCAGAGAGUCCUCAAUCUGGAUUUUGUUUGGAGCAGACAAAUGAAAGACACUGUAGAAAAGUCUUUUGAAAGUAUGUAUUUUUACAUUCCUUGUUUUGGUUUAAAAACUAGAAAAGAAACUGGCCAUUCCUUCCCCACAGCCAGACGACAUCACUCACCAUUCUCUCCAAACCCUGAAGAAACACAGAUGAGGACAUCUCCCAGCUAACAUCCAAGUUUUCCAUCUUAUAUUUUAAAAUAUUGAACCUGAUUCUUUGUGGGUAAAUUCUUUGAGAAAGAAUUUAGCAAUGUAUUCAGAAUUAUAUAAUUCUUUUAUAGGAGUUUCUGUAGCUUGGUAAGAUGUUUCAAUGCUUAUUAUUAGUUGUGCAAUAAUGGUUAUGGUCUAUUUCUAAAAUAAUUUAAGUGCAGUUCCCCUGUUUUGUUGUCCAAGAGAUUAUUUAUCUUGCUUUAAUAGUGUUCUUAGGAAUUAUUUUGUAACUAUGUACUGGUGAGUUAUGCCCAUUUUAUUUAUUUAGAAAAAUAGUGUGUUUGUAAUGAGUUAUUUGGUAGCAGCAUAUUUUGCUGCGAGAAAUAAAGAGGAUAUGAUAGAA